AUGUUGGCUUCGCAGUUUCUGAUGCUGACGGAGGCGGCCGGCAAGACCGACGGCAACUCGACGUUUUUGAAACCGCUCAUGAGCCCGGCCUACCAGAUUGUCCGCGCAGAUGGGAGCAGAGAGACGCCGAGCACCUACACCGCACCCAACCUCAGCAGCUACGAGGUCUUUGGCGCCAUAGCCACGGAACCCGACCCUGACGUGCUUGUGGUUCGAUAUUACGUCGCUUCGAACGAGACGCUGCAUGGCAAGCAGCUUAACACGAGCCGGCGGCCACGGCUGACGGUUUUUGCGCGGGGCGCGGUGGAGGGCGACGAGGGUGGGGCGAAUGCGAGCUGGAAGCUUGUCAGCCACGCCGGCUUCAACGAGCCGAUGGUGCUCGAGUGCGACCGCGGCGACGACGACCCCAGCACGCCGCCGCAGGGCCCCGCGGCGGCCCUUGGCGUGCGGGUCAUCCGGGAGUGGAUGGCGGCGGUGCGGGACGGCAGGCAGCUGGACACGAUCAACAACGAGAUCCAGGUCCAAUUCGCAAACGGCAGCGGCUUCGCGAGGCGGAAAGAGAUCGCCCCGAUAAAGCCGAUGCCGAUCGACGGGUACACGCGGCUGAUCGCGACGCGCAGCGGCCGGCUGCUGGUGCUGUCGUACUACGCGACCAGCCGGGUCGCCACGCGCGGCCGGCCGCACCUAACGGUGUUCCUGGAGGACGGCGGGCCGCUGGCGGGAAACUGGUCCAUGUGA